UAAUCUGCUGUCUUUAAACCUAAAAUGAAUGGGAAAUGAAAUCAAUGCAGACAAACAGAAGAGUCCUGUAGCCUAUAAACUUGUCUGUUCUCAGCUCCCAGUCAACCAUGAGGAUUAUCUCCUGCCAGUCGACCCUCGUGGCUGUAGUUGUGGUUACACUCACUGUGGUGUCCUGCGCUGAAGCUAAGACGACACAGAAGCCAAAGUACCAGUACACCAAGAAACCUGUCCCUCAGAUCACCGUGCACAACCCUGUGACCACCAGCAUGCCCAAGACUCUCAAGGCAGUGCCGAGUGCAAAUCCUGUUGCGCCCCGUCCACUGCCCACCACAGAGAGGACCACCCAUCCAAAUCAAGUCUAUCCACAGUACUACACAGAGAGCACGGAGCCCCCUGGUGCUGGCCCUGAGAAUUACACUCUUGAUUACAAUGAGUGUUACUUCAACUUCUGUGAGUGCUGUCCACCUGAGAGAGGCCCCAGGGGGCCAAAGGGAGACAGAGGCCUGGAAGGGCCACCAGGUGAAAGAGGCCUUACAGGAGCAGCUGGUUUACCAGGACCACCAGGAAUGAGUGGUCCUAUGGGGUUAAGAGGAGACAAAGGGGAUAAAGGUGACAGAGGAAACAGUGGGACAGGUGGACCACCUGGACUCCCCGGAAAACCGGGACAAAAAGGUGAAGUUGGCUCAAAAGGUGAGAAAGGCGAAGUGGGGUUGCAAGGUGCCAAAGGUGAUGGUGGGGUGAAAGGGGAACCUGGACAGAAUGGCACCACAGGUGAGAAGGGAGAACCAGGAAAAGAGGGGCCAGCUGGACCGCCAGGAGUGGCUGUUGAGCUAGGUCCUAAAGGAGACAAAGGAGAUAAGGGGGAAUGUGGCUCGUUCGGGGAGAGGGGACAGAAAGGAGAGCGAGGAGAUCCUGGGUCUCCUGGCAUUCCAGGAGCAAUGGGCAUUCCAGGAAUUAACGGCAAGCAUGGUGCCCCUGGUCCUGUAGGCAUCCGAGGGGAUCAAGGACCUCCUGGACCACAAGGAGAACCAGGGAUCAGAGGACCUCAGGGACCACAAGGCAUAAGAGGGAUGCUUGGGCCGAAAGGGGACAGAGGUUACCCUGGGAUGAGAGGUGAUCGCGGCUUUCGUGGAUUCAAAGGGGCUAAGGGAUCAGGGGUUCCCCAGAAACGCUCGGCCUUCAGUGUGGGUAUCUCCCCGAGAAAGUCCUUCCCUCCCUCUGGCUUCCCAGUCCGCUUCGACAAAGUCUUCUACAACGAAGAGAACCACUUCAAUCUCACUUCCAACAGCUUUACAUGUGUCCACGCCGGGGUUUACGUCUUCUCCUUCCACAUCACUGUACGGAAUCAGCCACUGCGAGCCACACUGGUAGUGAACGGGUCACGGCGAGUAAGGACACGGGACUCUCUAUAUGGUCAAGACAUCGACCAGGCGUCCACUCUGGUGGUGCUGCAGCUGGCGGUGGGUGAUCAGGUGUGGAUGGAGACGCUCAGAGACUGGAAUGGGGCGUAUGCCAGCAGUGAGGACGACAGCAUCUUCUCUGGGUUCCUGCUCUACUCAGACAAGGGUUGAUCCUCAACUCAAAAUAUCCUCUUCUACUGGACUGUUCCAACUUGAUCCCUAAAAAGGACA